AUGUCCCUUCCCUACGCUGAAGAGCUGGCAGCUGCCCUCCGCGCCGUCCACCUCGCUUCACACGCAACAAAAUCCCUACUCCCUUCCCAGGACAAGGGGUCAAGUUGGAAAUCUGACCAAAGCCUCGUGACAGUCGCCGACUACGCAUCUCAGGCCUUGCUCAUCGCCACCAUCGCUCAUUCCUUUCCCGACGACCGCUUCCUUGGUGAAGAGUCCGCCGCUGAGUUGCGCCACAGCCCCUUACUUGCUGAACAGGUUUGGCAUCUCGUGUCGGAGACGUUACGGCAGAGCCCUGACCCCGAUACAACAUCACUCCUGCGCGAUGACUUGAAGGGGGUGGAUGAUGUGCUCCGGUACAUUGACAUGGGUGGAGAUGGCAUGGGUGGCCCUGACAGUGGGCGCUUGUGGGUGCUGGAUCCGCUCGACGGGACGGCAGCGUUUCUAAAAGGCACCCAGUACGCGUUGUCGCUUGCUCUGCUGCAAAAUGGGACUCAACAGGUUGGGGUGGUGGGAUGUCCAAAUCUGCCGUUUGAGGUUGCUGCUGCUUCUCCUUCUGAGUUCAUUGAGGUCAAAGAGAGCCUUGUCGACAACGAAGGCCACGGAUGCGUCCUCAGCGCGGUCAAGGGCCACGGGGCGUUUGUGCGCAAAAUGGGAACCAAAGACUAUCUGAGUCCGCCGAUGAGGGUGACGAUGAUAGGGAGCAAUGGUCCGAGCAUUGCGGAGCACAUCCGUCUCGUCCAGCCGAGCAACAAGUCAUACGAUGCGGCGAAGCAACAGGAGUUCGCGCGGCAGGUCGGCGCCCCCUGGCCCGGCACGCAGCUCUGGUCAUCUCAGAUGAGGUUCGCUGCCCUGGCCAUCAGCGCCGGCAAUGUCCAGGUUGCAUUCCGUAUUCCCCGGGACUACCACUCGUGUGUCUGGGAUGUGGCGGGCGGGGCUUUGAUUGUCGAAGAGGCAGGCGGGAAAGUCACCGAUGCCAAUGGAAAGGAGCUGGAUUUCACCCGAGGGCGCAGGCUCGAGAACAACUGGGGCAUUAUCGCAGCAUCUGCAGCGAUACAUUCAAAGAUGUUGGAGGUCGCGAGAGCGGUGGAUGAAGGUGACUAG